UCAGUUAAACAAUUGAGUUAUCCUGUUAAGAAGUUCACCAUUUCUCAGUUUUUUCUCUAAUUUGAAAAAUGAGGAACUAUUGUGAUCUGGUAAUCGCUUUGGUCGUCACUCUUAAUUCUAUUGAAUUAAGUUCACAGUCCGAAAGUGCCCCUGCUUACAAAGGCGAAACUUCUGAUUACGAAACUCCUCUGCUUAAGGCACCUCUUCGUAAGUCACCUCCUCUUAGUGAGGAACCUCGUGUGGUACCACCUCUUUCUGAAGCACGUCUUCGUCCGGAACCUAUUUGUCCGGAACCGAUUCGUCCGGAACCUAUUCGCCUGGUACCUCACCGUAAGAGGCGUUCUCGAACCGGACCUGCUUCUUUAAUAAUAAAUUUCGCUCAUCCCGAGCCACAUGGAGAGUUGACAUAUCAAAAAAUCGAUUAUCCUGCUGGCUUUCAAAUGAAACAAAGAAAUGGUACUUUUAUCUCAGUACCAACAAACAAACCUAUUCUUUCAUUAGUAGCAGCCAAUGGUUACGCCCUCGGUGUAUUGAAUCAAUAUUAUCCAUGGACAUUCUCCAUCUUUUUUGGAAUUUAUGCUGAAUUUGAUGGAAAACCACAUCGCUUCAAAAUUCCUGUAGAAGGCGGUAAACCUGUGGUAAUGCACCCGGAUGAAGAGAAGGUAUUUCAUGACUUUCGACAAUUCGAUAUGCAUGGAAAAAAAUAUUAAAAUUUAUUUAUAUACUUAUGUCUGGC